UAAGGCUAGGGUCGCACCUAUGCAGGCUGCGUUUGAGCCGUUUCUGCAUUGCGUUUUUGCACUUUUGCUUUUGAUGCGCUUUGCCGGGGGGGUUCAUUUUUUUAAUUAUUUUUUCUUGUUGCUAAGCAGAUUUAAAAUACAAAACGUAUCAAAACCGCAAUACAUGCUUUUCUGCACCGUUUCCAUUGCAGUCUAUAGAAACAAAAACGCAACAUUUUGCGUUAAAAAAAGUCCCUGACCCUUUCCAAAAAAUGCACUGGGUGAAAAUGCGCAAAUGUGAGCAUGUCCCAUGGGAAAUCCUGUUAAAUGGACUGUACUG